AACAGAUGCUCUACGUGGCACGAACUUAUCCUGAGAGCUAAACUCGGGGAGAAAUUUACCCACCAUAGCCGGGUAGCGACUAAGCCUGUCAGCUCUCUGACAGCUCAGUACUAUAGUGACACUUGGAGACGUGUCAGCGGCCCUUAAGAAAAGCUGUUUAGCACUCGUUUUCAUUUAAUACGGCGACUGGAGCAUUCGUUCUUAAUCCCAGAGUAUGUUUUGGCCUGUUUCACUUUUAUUUUUUAACGAGCGACCUCAUUAGCUCACUAAAUAGCUUUGCCGAACUAGCGGCUGGAUAGCCGACUAGCAACAGGGAACCUCCCAGUAGUAUCAUGGCUAGCGAGAAUUAGCCACUCCAUUUCACUGUGACAUCACUUUGGGAAGCUAACGUCACUUGCUGUCCCUUGUUUACAUGAACACCGGUCAUCUGGGGUGCUCUGAGGGCAUGUGAUGGUUGUAACAACACAGGAUGAACUACAGAGAAACCGGGUUGUAAAUACGGACAUGGAACUUGGAGGUAGCUAACGUCGGCAUCUCAGAGCCAUUUCUCUGAGAAGAUGACCUGGACUCUAAAGGAGGACAGCUGUGCCAGCUCCACUGUUUGACUUUGUGUGGGCGCUGGACGGAGAGCAGGAGCUUUGUUUGUCCCUGUUAAAAGUUUAUCAUGAUGCAAAGCUACAUGAGAACAACUGGAAACAAACAGUGCUGGGAAUCGGGCUCUGCUUCUACCACAGGGAUGAUGUGGAAAACUCUCCUGGUCGUUAGUCUUUUCUGCUGGGGAAAAUGUCAAGAGAGCCAGAAUAUGACACCCGAGGAAAAGGGCGCAAUCAGGGACCAGAUUGUUGAAAUGUUUGAUCACGCUUAUGGCAGUUACAUGAAAUAUGCCUAUCCAGCCGAUGAGCUGAUGCCUCUAAGCUGCAGAGGGAGAGUGCGUGGCCUGGAGCCCAACAGAGGGGACAUAGAUGACUCCUUGGGGAAGUUUUCUCUCACUCUGAUUGACACCCUUGACACCCUGGUGGUUUUAAACAAGCUUGAUGAGUUUGAGGAGGCAGUGAAGAAGGCUGUGAGUGAUGUACGCCUCGACAACGAUGUGGUGGUGUCAGUGUUUGAGACCAAUAUCAGAGUUUUAGGUGGGCUUUUAGGGGGCCAUGUGAUGGCUGACCUCCUACGGCAACGUGGGGAGAGGAUGCAAUGGUAUCGUGACGAGCUCCUACAUAUGGCCAAAGAGCUGGGCCAUCGAUUACUGCCUGCCUUUAACACCACAAGUGGCCUUCCCUAUCCUAAGGUAAAUCUGCGCUACGGUGUCCUAAACCCACUUUCCCGGACAGGCACCGAGUCCGACACCUGCACAGCAUGUGCAGGAACAAUGAUCCUGGAAUUCGCUGCCCUCAGCAGGCUGUCAGGAAACUCUGUGUUUGAGGAACAUGCAAGGAAAGCUCUGGAUGUCCUCUGGGAGAGGCGACAGAGGGGAAGUGACUUGGUGGGGACUGUCAUCAAUAUCCACAAUGGAGAAUGGGUCCGGAGGGACAGUGGAGUUGGCGCUGGCAUCGAUUCAUACUAUGAAUACCUGAUGAAGGCGUACAUUCUUCUGGGAGACAAUGUCUUUCUGGACAGGUUCAACGUUCACUACAGUGCCAUUAUGAAGUACAUCAGUCAGCCUCCCCUGCUGCUCAAUGUACACAUGCACAACCCCACAGUGAGUGUGCGAAGCUGGAUGGACUCUCUCCUGGCAUUCUUCCCUGGCCUGCAGGUUUUGCGAGGGGAUCUGAAACCAGCCAUUGAAACUCAUGAAAUGCUUUACCAAGUAACCAAACAGCACAAGUUUCUUCCAGAGGCUUUCACUACAGAGUUCAGAGUUCAUUGGGGUCAACACCUACUGAGACCAGAGUUUGCAGAAAGCACCUACUACCUCUAUAAGGCCACUGGUGACCCCUACUACCUCAGAGUGGGACAAUCCAUAGUGGAAAAGCUCAAUGCCUAUGCCAGAGUGCCUUGCGGGUUUGCUGCUGUGCAAGAUGUCCGCACAGGGACACAUGAAGACAGGAUGGACUCGUUCUUUCUGGCUGAGAUGUUUAAAUACCUGUACCUAAUGUUUUCUGAGAAGAGUCACCUGCCAAUUGAUAUGGACGGCUACAUUUUCACUACAGAGGCUCACCUCCUGCCUAUAUCUCUCUCCACCACUCAGCCACCUUGUCCAGGAAACGAUACGGAGACUGUUCGAAUUUCUCAAGAAGAAGAUCUGUUUACACACUCCUGUCCCAGCACUGAGACGUUAUUCCCAAACAACCCGUCAUUUGCCAAAACCAUCAGGGACGGCUACAAGUACCUCACUGGGGUGGGACGAGCUUUCCACCCUUUACCCAUCAGGGAAAUUGAACUUCCACUCCACGAUAAUGGCAUGGAGCCAGUGGAGUUCUUUAAAAGCAUGGGCAUUUCUCUCACUCCACUGAACGAAGCCAAUAUGGGAGACACUGGAAGGCUUAAGGAGCAUAAAGGAGUUUACCGGGUAAAACUUGUAGCAGAAUUGAGCCAGGCACCAGAGGAGGAGGUUGUGGUGCCUCAUGUCGUUCAGCUCAUAUCCCCACCAUUUCUGGGAAGGACGGUCCUCACUGCAGGACCUGCCAAAUUUGGGAUGGACCUCACCAAGCAGGAGCAUGGGGUGAAGGGAAGCAUAGUGAAAGCUUCCCCCUACACUGCGUGUGGACCCAUAGACAAUGCAGCGGGCCUAAAAGGCCACAUCGCUCUGGCACUAAGAGGUGACUGCAUGUUUGCUGCAAAGGCUCGUUGGCUACAGAAGGCAGGAGCCAUAGGAGCUAUUUUCAUAGACCACCGUGAAGGAAGCAACAGCGAGGAAACCCCUCUCUUCCAGAUGGUUGGAGAUGGCGACUCCACUGAAGACAUCACCCUGCCUUUAGUCUUCCUGUUCAGCCGUGAGGGUGCCGUGCUCACAGCUGCCCUGGAGAAACAUCACAAUGUGGAUGUGCUGCUGCUGCCCAAAGAGAGGCAGCUCGGACGUGAUAAAAUGGAGAAACACGUCAGCAUGAACCUAAAACUCCGCCUGGCAGAGGAGGGGGAGAUGGAGGGGGGAGCAGCUAGCGGGCGCACCCUGGAGUUUGUCUUGGAGAAUGACGAGGUGCUUCUUAAGGACGAGGGAGUAGAAGAACUGAGAGAAAAACAGCAGCAGUCAUGCACAGAGGACAGUGACAGGACUCAACCCUCUCAAAUCCCAGACUCUUAAUGUCAGACCAAACACAAAUCCAUGAGCUGUGCUGAUCCCGAACUUUGCUGCCACUGGUAUCUUGUCAGGUUCUGGAUGGAGUGUGCCUCAGAGCCCCUCACUGCCCUACAGCACAGGGAGCCCUCACUGACACAACUGGCAUGUUUACGCCUGUCUUGAAGGGUCUAUAUUUACCUUUCAGUCAAAGAUUUGUAGAUUCUGCUCCAUGUGGUACAGGAAAUGGUGGUUGAGGUGUGGCUUCUGAUCUCAUGAGACUAAACUUAGUAAUAUAAAUCUAAAAGGAUAGGCUGUUAAUGUGUAAACCUAAACCUAACCUGUAGUUUUUGCUCCUGUGGGCCCAUAUGAAGUACAUCCAGAGGAAACUGUAGAUAAGGGUCCAAAAAUGUCCUCAGCUACGGUUGUUAUGCAAUGCAGUGCAUUUUUAGUAUAUAUUGCACCUUUUCACUUUAACAAGUACUGUUUAGGCAUUCAUUGAUAGAGAGUAGAAUAUUACAUGGCCAGUAGGUGGUGUUAGCUACCAGAGCUUCUCGGUAAUGUAAUGCUGGCUGUUGAAGAACAGGAAGUUGGGUUAAUUUAAAAACUAUUUUCUUUCUUACUGGAAAUCACUUCAGGGAAUUUUAAGAGUGAAUACAGUUUGCAUUGAUGAAGUGUGCAUGUGUGUUUGUGUGCGUGUGUGUGUGUGCGUGCUCUGCUUUUUUGCUACUAUGUGAGCAGUGUCUGUGACUGUGUGUGUGUGUGUGUGUGUAUGUGUGUAAUGACUAAAAAAAACCCUUGAAGGCAUCUCAGUUAAAACGUCACAAGACAAAAACGUAUCCGUCUUUACAAAUUCAGAAAAUCGGUACGAUUUACCGUCAUGAAUCUUUUAAAGUUCAGCUUUCCAACCCAAAAAUAGCCACACGGUUAAGUUGUAACUCACGUUUUCUUAGAAACACUGAAACUGUGAUCAGAGGCGGUUUUCUUGCAAGCAGACACCCCUGGUUUCAGGUGCAGCGUCAAGGAUUGUUCAGGCUGCUUUGCACUUUGAGACUUGUGGAAAAUUGGGAAAAAAAGAAUCAUCCUAUUAUUACGUUUGUUUACGGUCAAAUGUAAUAACUCAUUAUGGUUAUUUUUCAUUGCAUUUUCACUGUGUAACAAUUGAUUGUUUGUAUCUUCCUUUAAAUGCCAAUUUUUUUUUUUUGCAGUGCUCCUUUCAAAACACUGCAAAUUGUCACGUUUAUGAAUAAGUGGAUUGGGUGAAAUUUUGGUGAGGUUUUUGGAUCAUCUAACAUUUACCAGAGCAGAAAAGACCAACUGAAUCCUACACAUUUAUGCCAGCGUGUGACUGAAAUCUAUAGUGGAUGCAUUUUGCAUAAAUUUACAAGCUGGGGUUCUGACUCUCACACACUCCUUGCAUACUCACCUGUUUUACAGCAUUAGGUUUACUUGUUAUAACUUUGGAUUAAAACUCAAAACACUGCAUAACUAUUUCAUCCACACUAAUAGUAGUUUGCUUGAUUUUUAACUUUUGUGUAACAUGGAAAUGUGAGCCGUCAUUUGUUCCUUACCUAACUGUAAAGUGCACCCUUUCCUGAUGCUGCUGAGCUAAUUUGAAGUCAGAUAUUUGUUUGGUCUUUUAUAAGGCUGUGCCAACCUGUUUACCUCAGGACUGUGUAUGUAAAUGUUCAUGCAGAUAAAAGGACCAUGCACCAAAAAAAUGGAUUGUUCUUCUUUUAAAUGAUUUUCAUGCUUCUUCUGCAACUCUGAGGUUUUUGUUGGAUUGUGUCCUGCAGCUCAUAAAGUGCCAAAAGAGAGAUUAUCUGAAAUCACUUUCCAGGACGUAAACUUAGACACAUUUGUCAGUAAAUUAAAAAUCAUAAUUCCUAACGCAAUCAACCAACC